UUUAAAAUCCAGUGUUAUUCAACUAAUGAUUUCUAUUAUUUUUUUUCAAAUUUUAUGUUAUUGAAUAUGAUAUUUAUCUAAACUCACUUAAAAUCACCUGUAAUCCACUGUUAUUCAAUUAACAAUUUAUAAAAACUAAAUCAAAUCAUCUGUUAUUCAAAGGCAAACAAUUUUGAAAAAGAAAACUGUGAUUAGGAUUUGAUACAAACUUUUUAACUAAUUUCAGUCAAAACUAUUGUAUCCCACGACAAAAUCAAAUCCCACCUAUGCACCUGUUAUUUGGAAAAACCCAAAAUCAAAAUUAAAAAAACUACUCAUAUGAAAACGAUCAAUAAACCACCUAUGCACCUGUUACUAUUUGGAAGCAUCGUCAAGCAUAACGGUGACAAUGAAGCUCACACCUCUGUACAUGUUACGCCACCACCGUCUCUCGAAAUCUAAUACACCUCCCUGUUGACUUGAAGCUUUGCAGCCUUCAUCGAUUCAUUGAGCUUCCGAUUAUGGCAAAAUCAAUGGUGGCCAGGAUUCAAUGCUUCUCAAUAUGAAUACGCAUGGUCCGAGUAAUAAUUAUGUAGCAGCUUUGUUAUUGUGCCAUAUCUACAGCCUAUCACUCGUUCUCAUAUGAGAAGAUACAAUGCUUCAGAUCUUGUUAACAUACAAGAGGUUUGAGAUCAUUCUUUUCAUGUCUCUACCAUUUUGAUGGUACUGACAAAGAAGGGUAAAGGUGUUCGUUAGCAUUUUGAUAGGUUCAUCAAGACCUAAAGGUGUGACCUUUUCGAGUUUAUUAUAUUACUUCCUUUUUCUGCACUUUCAUGCUCAAUCCAUAUAUUCUCUAAUAAUAAUGCAGUCUGGUGAUUUAGAAAAAGCGUAACUUGGACUCGCUCACAGCUACAGCAGAGCGAAGGUGAAGUUCAUUGUUAACCGUGUGGACAACAUGGUUAUUCAAGCCAUCUUCCUCCUCGACACGCUUGAUAAGGAUAUCAACUCCUUUGCGAUGAGAGUCGGAGAAUGGUACUCGUCGCACUUCCCAGAGCUAGUGAAGAUAGUCAAUGACAAGUACCUUUACGCUCGAGUCUCAAAGAUGAUUGAGGACAAGUCAAAGCUGUCUGAAGAGCACAUCCCUAUGCUUACUGAAGUCCUUGGGGAUGAAGAUAAGGCUAGAGAGGUCGUUGAAGCUGUAAAAGCAUCUAUGGUUAAUAAUAAUGUGAUGGAGAUAAUCAUCUUUAACUGUUCUCUCUCUUUGUUUCUCAAACAUGUCUCUUUUGCAGGCCAGGAUUUAUCUCCACUUGAUCUGAUCAAUGUCCAGACCUUUGCUAAGAAAGUGAUGGACCUAGCUGAUUACAGAAAGAAGCCCUACGACUACCUUGUCGCCAAAAUGAGCGCAAUUGCUCCAUAGAAGCAAGUAGUCUCAUAGAAGAAUACUUCCUCAAGUUUGUGAGUAAAUAAAAGUUUUUUAGAUAUCCUGCAACAAAAAAAAAGAAACAGAGAAACAGUUAUUCAUAUAUAAACACUUUCAGCUAAUUAGAAAA